AUGUGGCUCGAUCCAGCUUUGGAUUACUCGUGGAUGCAUCCUUGCAAGUACAAUCUUUCGUUGAACAGCGUCUUGCUGGAGAGGCUUUGGACACCGAAUUCAUGUUUUGUUAAUUCCAAAACUGCCGAUAUCCAUCGCAGUCCUUUCCCAAAUAUCUUCCUUAUGAUUUAUGCAAAUGGCUCGGUGUGGACGAAUUAUAGGCUCAAAUUACAA